AUGGGCCCAUCGAAGAAAUCCCAGAGACGUGCUAAAGCACCAUUGCCGUUGAGGUCUCGCACAACAAGAUCCAAGGGGAGACAACUUCGCUCGCAGGGUCUCUACGCUGCACAAACAGUGGGAGAUGGCAAUUGCCUAUUUCGGGCUCUUUGCGAUCAAUUCUACGGCUCGCCGUCACAGCACCUCCAGCUGCGCAAAGAUAUAUGUGACUGGAUCGAGAGCCAUGCGCAGCGCUAUCAACCUUUUUGUGAGGAUGAACGUGGACUAAGCGCCCAUCUGCGGUGCAUGCGAGAACAAGGCACUUAUGGCGGGCACCUUGAACUUUCUGCAUUUGCGCACUUUGCGAGAAGGAAUGUCAAGGUUAUCCAGCCUGGAUUGGUAUAUGUUAUCGAGUGGAAGGCGGGUGCCGAGAACGAUGACCAGUCAUCAUCUCAAGAUAACGAGCGAGAAGCGCGGAGGAAAAAGAGGCAGCAGCAGCGCGACGAGAUGAACGAUGCUCAAGAGUCAGAGGGGACGAUAUAUGUUGCAUAUCAUGACUGGGAACAUUUUUCUUCCAUACGAAACUUGAGAGGGCCGCACGCUGGUCUUCCUGAGGUUUGUGAGCUACCCGCCGACGCAGCACCGCCUGCCGCUUCUCCUGCUAAGAAGAAACCAGUCUCCCGGAGCAAAGCCAAAUCUGAUCUCAAGAUUUUUCCCAAGAAUAGUCCAAUCGACAAUGUUAGAUUGAAUCGCGACAAUACACCACCAACACCUGCCCAUGUCCCACUUCCCAUAUCUCGUUCACCCUCACCCCUUUCUUCCGCUGAUUCCUUCAGCAUCGAGGCAGACUCGCUACUUCCCGUCCCCGGCCAGCCAACCGGUCCUCAUCAGUCUUUUACAUCGAGCGUUAGAGCUCAUCGGUCACCCAAGCGUUCCUUUGACGAAUCGUCUGGAUCAUCAACAUCUGGCACGAUCUCCAAGCGAACGCGAACACGAAACACACGGCGAUCGCCCUCUCGCACACUCUUGAGUCAAGUCAGAGCAGAUGAUGAUAUGGACGACUCUACACCUGAUCUCUCCACCCCCGGCUCCUCCGCAGAAUCCAGCCGCUCAUCAUCUGCCGCUUCAUCUCCGCUUCCUAGUACCCCUCCCGCAUGUGAUACUCCACCUCCUGAAAACCAGAAGCCCCUUACUCGACGCCAGCGUAAGGCUCUCGGGCUUCCAAAGUCACAUACUGCGUAUAUGAGCGCAGGAAAGAUUGUCAUUCCUGGCGGGAAAUUCAAGAAACCUUUCAACGCGGCUGAUGAUGAAGAAUGGCAGAAGAAUGGCACCGGGCGGCUUGACGUGCGCGGGUUCCGCGAGCUCAAGAUCUAGCCUUCAUGCAUCAUCAAAGCCCCCUGCCACGAAUUUGCACGCAUAUUUUUACGCCCCUUCAUCUAGAACAUUGGUCAUAUCCACGCAGUGAUACCCAACACAUCAUAAUUUGCAUUCCCAUCAUAUCACACCCCAUCUACGAAUAUGUUCACGACAGUCCUGGUGACCUGGUGCGACGUCAUUUCUAUGUUAGUUUGUCACGUACGAGCACUUGGAGACUUCAUAGAAAUUCGGACAUUUGCACGAUUGUAUUUUAGCAAGCUGCAUAUGUAUGCUGAAUGUUAUCAUGACGCUUACAGUCAAUUGCGUGUUGAUGUACUCCAGAGAAAGACAUCACAGCACCUGCACGAGCAGCAUUUU